AUGCCACAUCGGCCGUCGCGUGGUGCCAUCAGCCGGGUCGCCUUACUUGCUGCAUACAGCAGGGCGGCUGUAACACCUUUUUGGCGCCAAAAGGGAGCACGAGGCUGGGAUAUUGUAAGGUUGCUCAAGCCUAGACAGGGAAAGUCGGUAAGAAAAAGUGGGGUUCGAACCAUGGAUCUUCCGGCAUUGCGUAAAUAUCGGAGAAAUAUCCAAGCCUGUCCCGAACAUAACUUGACGCGACAACUUAUCAGACGUCAAGUUAAAGAAAACGAGACGGCUCCAGAGAACUGGGUGGAGUCGGUGAUAGCCCCAUUUUUUUUAAAAAAAAGAGUUCAUAGUGAGUGUGGCAAUCACAGGGCGAUCAGCCUGACCCCGUUUGCGGCGAGACCGCUGGCGUCACGUGUGCUUCGUCGCCUUAUGGUGGCUCGUGAAAGAUUGACACACGAGCAUCAAGCGGCGUUCCGGCCUGGUAGGGGUUGCCUUAACGAAAUUUUCACACUUCGUCAAGUGCUAGAACAAUGCGAGACGUAUCAAUGA